ACUUUACCGAAAGAACCAAAGAAGAUAAAUCUUAACAUUAUCUAUCUAUGCACUUAUCUUAUAUCCUGUUCAUGUUAUGGUUUCCUACAUAUCUCUGUACCCUUGAUCAUGUUUGUUUAGUUUCUCUGUGGUCUUAUAUAGUUAUUUUAUGUUGGUUUCACAAUGGGUCAGCGUUUUUUAUAUGCAAUUUGCAUGAAUGGCGCUAAAUAAAAUAUAACUAUUGUUAUGAUUCCCUGUUUUAAUAAUAUUUCUGAUAAAGCAAUACAUCGAGAAUAUAUCCCUCGUGUAUACAAUCCCUGGAGAAGGCUUUCCUAUUACUUUAUUGCAUUAAAAGUGGCAGUGGUUAACACAGUUGUAGAUGCGAGUGUCAGUCUCAGUGAGCGUUAAAUGUCUUUUUCACACAUGUCCUGGAGGGGUGCGCGUCAGAACCUCACAUCAACAAACAGUACAAAAACACGAUUGGAGUGCAAAGUAUAGGACAGGUAAACAAAUCACUUGAAUAGAAUAUAGAAGUAAAACUAAAUAACAGGUGGCCAAGCAGAUGUGCCAGAUUUUAUUUUAGGAUGAUUGAAUUGAAAGAUGUGUUGUGCUCGCAGCAUGGGUGUCUCUAUGAACGUGUGUUUAAACGUAUGAACACCACUGAUAUUAAUAUUACAGGGGCUGUGCUUUAACCCUCGUGUUGCCAAAUUACAUUUUUUAUUGAGUUUGAAAGAUCAACAAGGUAUAAAAGAAAACAUUCUAAAAUUACAUCUCAUUCUAAUGGUCUCACAUUAGCCGUAACCUUAGUCUAACCAACACUUACAUGUCUGUGUUCUGCAGUAAUUCAGAAUGUUGGGCAGUUAGGAUUUAUGAAGUGUGGCCCUUGACGUAAUGUUUAAAUUUAUCAGUUGAUGUUUUGUUAUGUGCGGUAAAAUAUGAAUGUACUUUCAACAUUUAAUUUGAUGUGUGUAUAAAUAUUAAAUAUUGUUGAUGUUAAAGCUUGAGAGAUCCUAAAUUAUGCUCCCAACUUCUACCAUCACCAUUAACUGCAUCUACAGCGCUUACAUCAUCACUAAUGAUGGCAUGCAUGUGUUUGUUUUUGCUGAUGGAAUUUAUCACUUUAUUUAGUAUUCACAAAUGUUACAGGACCAAAAAUAUGCUAAAUAUAGCACAAGAGUGGGUGGGAAUGCAACAAAUCCUAAGGCUCUGUUUUCAAAAGAUGGCCAUUGUUUUCCAAAGUCAUGGCCAGGAUGUGGAGAACUACCUUUGAAUAACUAAUGACCAGACUUUACCUUGUGCAAUGUGUUUACGCUGAUAUAAAUACCUCUUUCAAUACUUUUAUGAAUUUGUUAAAUCCAACAAAUUAAUGUUUUGGUGCACAGUGGACCAUCAUUUAUCUUGGUACAAAUAAAAAACGAAAUAUAAAAUAUUCCCCGAAUGCCUUUUCAUUGGGCUAUAGGCCCAGCUUACGAACAGUGCCCCAGAGUGAUUUUCAGCAGUGUGGAUAGUGGCUGCUCUUAUACUUUCCCAUAACCGGUUUGGGUGAAAAGGUGCAUUUUGGAUGAGAUUUUUGUACUGAACCUCACAACAAUUGGCUAUGCCGCCAUAGGCAUAGCCAAUUGAGCAUGCAGGUGGUUUCACUGCUCCGGGUCUCACGUGCUUGGAGAGGGUCAGUGGCGGGACUACAAAGAGGGGGAGAUGAUGGACAGAGGCCCCAUUUUCAUCCUCACACGAGGGUCCAUACCAACCAUUUUAAGCCACUGCUACUCAUGUAACUAGUCAUGCAUUAAAAUAAAGGCUUAAAAUCACAAUAAAUGCAUCGAUUCGUGCUUGUAAAAAUCUAUUUUCUUUUCUCAUACAUUAUUUGUAAUUGGUUAUAUGUGACCACUGCUUAAUAACUCUUCUUCGCUCCCUGUGGAGCACAAGGCCGCAACAAGUCCACGCCAUGCCGGACGGUCUUUAGCGACUUUCUCUGAUUCACCCCUUAGAUAGGCCCAUGGUCUUUAGUUGGUCUUGAAUGGUGCAUCGCCAAGUGGCCUUCAGCCUGCCUUGUGGUUUUUUUCUCUUGUGUUGUCCAUCGUAGGGCAGUUUUUGCUAUGGACACGAGUUCCAUUCUACCAGAGUGAAGGAUGGUGUAUCCCACUGAUGAAAUUGUCCUACCUGAUCCAGUCCAGAGACACUCGCUCACUCUUAUGAUGUCAAUUUGGUAGCGUUUCAUCUCAUGGACAACUUGGGUCGUCUUGGAAGGUCUGGUACAUUGAACGUACGUUCCAGGCUCCAACCUUGAUGUUGUGCUUUGGAUCCAAGAGGCCCCUUUUCACCUUUCCAACGUCCCUCUGAGGGCUUUGAUUAGAGAGGAUCAUCCUGCCAGAUUCGUGGCUAGGUGCCUCCUGGUACGUGACUACUGCAGCCACCACAAAUGUUAUUGAAUCAUGAUCCUGUAUCCUGAAAAUUGAUUGAAUUAUGACAGGUGGUGAAAAGUUACAUUCCUACGUGAUGCCAUUCUACCUGCAUGGGGAAACCGGGGGUCAAGAAUAGAAUCUAUUUAAAACUACAAAACUGUCCUCUGCGGAAAUUGCAAAAGGCUCAUAAUCACUGCUCACACACCUGUGUGGAGUCACACCAGCUGUUAGAAUUAGAAUAAGAUAAGGAUGUUGAGCGCGUUGGAAAAUCUGGACAGUCUUCAGUGACCUUUUUAAACCCAUAAUGGUGCUGACUUUUUUUUCCGUGAACAAAAAAAAUGCAUGGUUGUCAAGGAAACCUAAUUUACUUUUAGCCCGUUUUUAGAAAUUACGGUUGUCUUGUGUUUCCACGCAUUUGUGAGGUAGUGUUUUGAAUUGCCAUUGUAGACAAGCAGUCAUUGCCAAUUGUGUUUUAAAGUGAUUAACCUACUUUUUUACGUACCAUUAACAUACUGUGAACAUAAGGUGAACAUUUUGUUCACAGCGUGUAUUUUUUUUCGAACAAAAGCAAGCUUAUUUGAUCGUAGAAAGGUAUUAGAAUAAAUCCAGGAUUUACAUUCAUAGUCGCUAUACAAUGCACUAGUUUUAUCUUAACACUACAGUUCAGUUAUAUUGCUCUGUGGCCAAGUACAGUUUUAAAGUUGAGAGGCUGACUGUAUAAGUUUUAAACGAAUAAAAAAAAUAUUUACUUGAUGUAUUUCUGCAACAUUUAUAAACAUUGCCUGCGGGCACGGGGAUGGCUUGGGCUGUAAAUAAUUGUUGGUGACCAUGGGUCUAGGAAAACUCAUGAAUGGCGACCUUUGUAUGGCAAGAAGGGCCCCGCCUUCCAGAAAUGUAAACAAAGGUUCGAGACACGUCAGCUGUCUCACCUUGUCACGUGUGUGCAGCUGUGCUCAAGUGGUAACACCAGUUUCGCAAGGCUCAUUCUACCGGACGUCCCAAGCUGACGACAACUUACUUUUGGGAGCUGUGCCGUGGCAGUUUUUUCUUUUUUUACUCCAACUUCACUGCAGUGUCAUCCACGCGCGACCGUUUCCAUUGAUUCUCACGAACAAAUUGUUCUUCAUCCGAAAUUUCCAUUUGGCCUUCGAGCGUUCAUCUAUCUCUUUUAUUCGUUUCUUCCUAUUGUUUUCAAUUUACAUUUGAUACUUUUUUUACUUACUCGGUCCGUUCAUUGCCUUUUCGCUUCCAAGAGUUCGCCGUCAACUUCGCUGUGUUCGCCCGGCACCGCAAUGUCUUCGCACCCGACCUUGCAGUGCCUCCCCGGGCGGUUCUAAAAGAGGGGCCGGCAGUGGCGAUUGCCAGGCCGCUGUGUUUGCUUAGCGAGCGGGCGGGCGUGCGCGCGCGCGUGCUGUGGCGUGCGUGUUGUGCAUCGCAACCUCUCGCUUUGGCCGGGUGGACGCUUGAGCAAACAACGGUCGCUGCUGGCGCGGCGGCAGCAGACUUGUUAGAUACGAGCCGAGGGCGGUCUCGCAACUUCGAAUGCGGUCACUGCCGUCGUAAGUCCCGACAUUCAUUCGGGCCUCCUCCUGGUGUUGGGCGGCAGAAGAUGGAACUUGAUAACAACAACGCGGAGCGAGAUUGCGAGAGUGUCAAUCGCAGGCCCUCACAGACCCAGGACUCGCGGCUGCCACCAGCCAUAAGGCAGACAUUGCUGGAGCUGUUUGGGCAGAUUGAGAAGGAGUUUGAAGUCCUGUACGUGGAGAACGUGGAACUACGCAAGGAAAUUGAUAGCUUGAACGAGCGGCUGGCCUCUGAAGGAGCCGUCACUGAUGGCUCUGAACUCUCCAAGGGAGUCUUUAAAACCAAGACCGGGCAUUCUACGAGUCAACUUUCACAGAAGCUGAAAACGACUUACAAAGCGUCAACAAGCAAGCGUACAGAUGUGAGUGGAGCCCUCAAUUUCAACGUUGGGAGCUGGGAGCUCUGGGGAGGAGAUUCCUGGAUCGUGUCCAGUUUCAAGGCCACGACUACACGCGCCGUCUGCCAGCUGCAGAAGGAGUACGCCGGACACCGCGACGGCCUCUGGGAUGUGGCCGCCACUCGCAUCGCCCCUGUUGUGCUCGGCACUGCGUCUGCCGAUCACACUGCCAUGCUAUGGAGCAUAGAGACUGGGAAAUGUAUCUUAAAGUAUGUUGGACACGCAGGCUCAGUUAAUUCUAUCAAAUUCCAUCCAACGGACCAGCUGGCUCUGACAGCAUCGGGUGACCACUCGGCGCAUGUGUGGCGUUACCUGGUGCAGUUGCCGUUGACCCAGACCAGCAUCGACUCAAAUCCGUCGGGCGAAGACGAGGUUGACGCGUCGGACAAGGAUGAGGCGGAGGGGUUGGACGCGGCGGAGGCGGCGAGCGAGGCGGCGCUGACGGUGCGCGCUCCCGUCACGGCGCUCAAGGGCCACCAGGGCGUCAUCAUCGCGGCCGACUGGCUCGUCGGGGGCAAGCAGCUCAUCACCGCAUCGUGGGACCGCACAGCCAACGUGUAUGACGCAGAGACCUCCGAGCUGCUGCACUCGCUCACAGGGCACGAUCAGGAGCUGACGCACUGCAGCACCCACCCGGCCCAGCGCCUGGUGGUGACGUCCUCUCGCGACACCACCUUCCGCCUGUGGGACUUUCGUGAUCCUUCCAUCCACUCGGUCAACGUCUUCCAGGGCCACACCGACACCGUGACGUCGGCCGUGUUUGCAUCGAGUGAGAACGUGGUGUCCGGCAGCGACGACCGCACCGUCAAGGUGUGGGACCUGAAGAACAUGCGCUCGCCCAUCGCCACCAUCCGCACCGACUCGGCCGUCAACCGGCUCAGUGUGUCACCCACGCACAAGAUCAUUGCGCUUCCUCACGACAACAGGCACGUGCGUCUGUUUGACAUGUCUGGCGUUCGCCUGGCUCGGUUGCCAAGGAGCAACCGGCAGGGCCAUCGUCGAAUGGUUUGCAGCGCCGUGUGGAGUGAGGAGAACAGCACCUGCAAUCUGUUCACCUGUGGCUUUGACCGGCAAGCACUGGGCUGGAACAUCAACACCACUGCCCUGAUUCAAGAGAAAAAGGCUCCGUAGCAUCAACCGCACACCGAUAGAGGCAGCCUCUUCUGUCUUAGUUUAUUAACGGUUGUUGCAAUGGCAUCCAGUUUAUUUGUGGAGAUGAGGUUUUUUUUGCGCUUACUGCACAUUUUCCAUCGUCUUUAAAUGUGGGUCCUUGUGAGUGUUGAAUCGCAUCAUAAAACGCCGUUGGGAAAAGUAUAAUUUCUUCAAAGAAAAUCACGCUCGGAACUUGGGUCGCAUUAAAAUUAACAGAAGUGCACAAGUCAGGGGCCGUUAAUUUAAGCCGCAUACAAACUUAACUUUAAAGCAGUUGUAAUUAGCAUAUAGAGCAGUGUGGCAUACUAGCUGGUGUCUGCAUUACUGAUGAGGCAGUGCCCCUUAGAUAAUUUGCCCACGUUCUGUGUGUCCAGACCGCCCGUGUAGUUACCAGUACAUUUCCAUAAACUCUCUUAUUGAUGCCGUAUAUUUAAGGCGGAACACCCACACACCACAUAUGCGCGAGUCCACAAUACAUUUGACUAAUUCGGUACAUAUUGCAAUGUGGUGGUAUCAUUUUAACACAUUUAAGUAAAAAAAACUGCUCAUUUUAGUGAACAUCUUGCAGCAAUUAAAACGGAGAGAGCAACAACUGUUGCAUCGAAUUAGGUGCAGUUCACCCAAUCGUCAAAAAAAAAUCUAACCUAACUGGCUUUAUUGGCCCAACUGGCUGCAAAUCCAACCUUCGCCAAAUAAUGGAUGCACCCAAUGGGUUCUCUUUCACUCAAAGGCAAGUUGUUGAACGCUUACCGCCAAGCUGGCAAUCCAUCUCCUUGUGAGUCCACGUGGGCUGUCUUUCACUUCACAUUUUCGUCACGGCAGCACGGGCUUCACUAAUUGUCACUCCACUGGGAUCCGUUGGGCCGCGCGUGUGCACUCGUGGGCAUCCGACCAGACAACCAAACCUCCUCUCAUCCCACCCCACCCCGGGGAAGCGCACCUAUGGCACACAGGCCGAGGAGCAUUGAUUGAACCGCAUCUAUCUCAUCCCGAUGUGGCAUCGCUACGGUGGUGAUCACACACGGGGCCAGAACUUAAAGCACGGUGAAGUGCAGCACAUUUUGAAAGCUGCGGUGCGAGAGACUCGAUUCUGUGAAGUGAGUGGUUCGGCUUGGAGCAAUUCAUCAGUCAUUUUUGAACACCCGCGAUAAAACGCAAAGAAAUGGGCGUGGAAUUCCGACUAACGUUUCUGCUAAUAAUAUGCGAACGUUACCUUCAGGUUAUUAUCAUGCUCGUUUACCCAUAGGGGCAAUUGAGGCAUAUGAUUUUUGAAUUGUGACUGUUCAUUGAAUAGCUUCGGGGGUGGGGGAGGGCACGGGACAGGGCAAGGUGUGGAUUUAAUUGUUUGAAAAAUAUGUAACAAGUAUCAUCGGCCAUCAAAUAUUUGGUGUGUGUGCAAACUCUUCACAGACACACACGGACUUGUUUCUUGGGAAGUCCGAUGAUAUCUCAUCCCCUACGCUCAUCUUAAUCCACCUUUCAUGGCAAAUCUCUCAUCGGAAGGUCUUGCAGAAGCGGACUAUUUACUCUACUGUUUAUAUUCAAAGAUUUCAUACGUUAUUGGGUGGGCAAGCCUGUAAGUCACUUGUUCAAUAUUGGUUGAAAACAUCACGUUUGUUAUUUUCUCUAAUCUUAAAUACUUUAUGAUGUAUUAUAAAGUAUUUAAUAAUAUAUAAUAAAGUAAUGUCAAGUGAGAUAUUACCAUCCAGUUACAAGCUGAAUUUCAAAUCUAUUCUGAAAGGAGAAUUGCCUUCCGUAGUCACAUUUUUCAGGAUGGCAGAUGGGUAUUUAAUUUUCAGAAAUUAAUUUUUCUAAAGCACAGACACUUGCUACUAUGGUGUUGCAAUUGUGGAAACGCGAGCAUUUACUGUCUCGGUAAGAAUAGCGUUGCAUUCGAUGUAGUGGUAACGCGUUGGCCAAUGUUCUGUCGUAAAAUUCACUUGCAGCACUUCGUGGAUUUGUUCUUUUCAAGUGGGAUUUCUAUUUUAAGUGCCGUUAUCGGAGCACAUCUCGGCCACAUAUCAGCGCAAUAUAAACAUUAUCCAUGCUCUUAAUUGAAGAGUAUAAUGUAAACAAAUGAAGGUAGUAUUCGGUUAACAAAAAAUGCAUUGUUAAAGAAUUCAUCAUUGCCGUUUGCUCAUGACAUAAAAAUAAACCAGUUUAGUGCAACAGUUUAGAACAUUUUAGACGAUAAACUUGUUGAGUUCAUAUUCUUUGGGUCUUUCGGUAAAUUCAUGUAGAAAAAAAUAUAUCACGUUUCGAUCACUACACAAGCAUUCUAAACGUCUGACGAUUGCUUGUGUUGCAAUCGAAACGACGUGAUCUUUUUUCUAUCUACGUGGCUUUACCGAAAGACCCAAAGAAUAUGAAUUCCUGCAGGCAAGAAAGCUUUCAAUGAAGAUUUAAACUUCUUGAGGUUUGGUUAUUUUUGUGAUGUUUUGAUAGUUCUAUUGUACAUCCCAUAUAGUGAAUGCAUUGAGCAUGCUAUUCCACCAACUGCAGGAAGACGGGGUUGUGUGGCUGUUUAAGCUGGUGAACGAGUCGGAAUAUAUAUAAUGGCGCGUGCUAUCGCAUGCACACAACGCAAAGUUUAUGUACAAAGUAGCAUUAAUAUUUAUUCGCAAGUGUGGCGGCUUGCCAAUAGUUGAAUAAGAUAUAACUAUAUCACCAAGGUUGUCCCUGCUCGUGUUUACGCGCCCGCAUUAAAGGUGGGUUGGGGGGGGGGGAGUCUGGUUUGGAUGCAUGGGGUUGGUUAUGCAUCCCGUGACCUGUUGCGAUAACAAUGUGAUGUCCCCUUUGAAUGUGCGAUUGCAUCCGUCUCCUUAUGCAUCACUGGCCCUCUGCAUUUUACAUUGAAUGUUAUCCUCUUGCACACCGACGUGAAGGAUUAAGCGCCCCUCGUGUGGCAGUUCGGCACCGUUUUUACACAUGGGGAAAAAGCAAAUCUGAUCCACAAUACGCUUUAAAAUGAGCAGAAAUGGGAAGAGGGAACGACAUUGAAAAAUCUUCCAUUUGUACUCAAUGUCUCCACAGCUGUUACAUGUACAUAGAGCUUACCUUUAAACACCGAUCCAUGCCGACAUGACAAAUAAGCCGCAUCCUUUCGAGGGUAGUUGCCGAUGAAGAUGAGCUUGUGGGCAGGGCAGCUUUGGGUAAGUGUUUGGCUUAAUUCUGUAAAUAUUAAACUGCGUUGGUGUCAAUGUUUUUGCGAUGCUAAUUUCCUCGGGACUUAAUCGAAUGAGGUUGGUGGCAAGAAACCCUGCUUGUUUGUGUACCAACUCCCGCAAGAAAAAGGUGCUGCAUCACGUCUCCAAAAACCAAUGCUGUUCAUUAGAUACUACCAUGCUUAAGUGUAAAAUUAUUACGAGUAAAGGUCCUUUGUCACUAUAGUGUUUAGCCUUGCAAGUGUGUAUUGCGUGGGAGUUGUGUGUGCAGCUUAACUAUACACGUUUAUUUUUACGGCGAUGUAAAUUAAGAUUAAUGGAGCCACCCAUUUCUCCAGCACGGAAUGGACAUCCGCCCAGAAAGCACCACCACCACCACUUAGUGUCUUUAGCGGAUCCUGUUUGCCGUUCAUUAAUGGGCAAAGCGAGCAAGCGCUGUGUGCCUGUCCCGAUUAAGAGCACUUCGCGUCCCCCCCCCACUACCUUGGCCAAUUAAAGGAUAAUCGAAUUGCCUUUGCGCGCGCGCGCCCCAUGGAAAGUGACGACGCGUUUUGUGCGAACGCGUUGGGCGCCAGCAUUGAUCGCGUAAUAUAUAUCUAUCCCGCGUGCCGUUCGCUGUGAAGCUACAAGUAAUUUUACAAUGCAUGCUUAUUGUGGAGCACUUUAUGCGUGCGAGAGAGCCUUGUGGCCCAGUGGUGUUGAGGUGACUGCUUUGGUUGGACUGAAGAAGAGACGGAACGAAAAUGCACGGACGCUGCAUUUGGUUGUAAAGGACUUGUAUUUCUACCAAACCAAUAAAACAUUGAAUGAGUUG